GUAAGUAUGUGUGUGUCUUAAGAAUUUGUGUUAGCAACCAUGAUUCCUCAUGAGACAUUAGCUCUGUGUGUUUGUCCUCUGGGAAGAGUUGUGUGUCACUCUGUGUUCUGUGUUUCUUUAAUGAUGUGACAAUUAACAAAAACAUUGUUAAUAUUCACCUAGACAUGGCACCAUCCAUCCAUCCAUCCGUCCGUUAAGCCAUCCAUCCAUCAGUCCCUAAAGUCGUUGCAUCAUUAACCAUGAGAUCAUUCCUCAGUCCGUAGUUAUUAAAUCUCUCGCUGUCCUUCUCUCCCUGUUCUGUCUAUAUCUUACGGUAAGCUGAGGUGAUCGUCAUAGUGACCACGUUCCCAGGUGAGAAAUGUUUGCUGAUAACUCCCCUGACCUGCUGUCUCUCUGCACUUCACCACUGGCUCCUGAGAAGUCUGAAGGGCCAUGUUCUGCUGAAAUCUAGCGAGCAUCAGUGGAAUGUAAUGGCACAUGCAGUGACGAGAUCGCACUAAUGCCUUUGGGGAUCAAAUCUGGCCCAACUGGGGAUGUCCACAAAAGUUAGCUAACUCUUAACAAAAUAUCCCUUUGGAGACUGUAAUGUUUGUAACAAACUGUUCAUUGUAUUAUUAUUGUUUUAUAUAUCUAACUUUAUAUAAAAGCUGUAAUGUAUGGUGUGUAAGUAAAGGUGUGUUGUGUGUACAGUAUGACGGGCCAGUCAGCUAAUGAGGGGUCUCCCUGCUCUCAUCAGCUCUCUGUGCAGACUCAAGAGGACGAGCAGGACCGAGCAGAGAGUGUGCUCAGCAGGUCUCACUCUGCGUGUGACGACACCUCGUCUGAGCUGCAGCGAGUAGCUGCCCUUGAGCCUCAGGAUGCACCGUCCAGAAACUCCUUUAGAGGAAGAGGAGCCCUGUCCAGGUUGGUGAGUCUGGUGGUGACUCUGAGAGACUGGGCACACAGGAGUCUGACAGAGGAGGAGGAGAGACCCGAUUCCUUCCUAGAGAGAUUCCGGGGACCCGAAGUACGAGCUCCACCCAGUCGAAGGAGCAACAACCAACCAGACGCAAAUGGAAACACUAAGGGAAACACAAAGAAGCAAUGGGAGACAUUUAUAGUUUCUCCCUCUGAUGAUAUUUACUACUACUGGCUGUUCUUCAUCGCCGCUGCUGUGCUUUAUAACUGGGUACUGCUUGUGGCAAGAGCAUGUUUUGAUCAGCUGCAGACUGAGAAUCCUGUUGUCUGGCUGGUGUUAGACUAUUUGUGUGACUUUGUCUACAUACUGGAUUCAUGUAUGCGGCUAAGGACGGGUUACCUGGAGCAAGGACUUCUGGUGAAGGACUUGGCAAAACUCAGAGACAGCUACAUUCACACAUUUCAGUUCAAACUGGACGUUAUCUCCAUCCUCCCCACAGACCUGGCAUACAUCAUCUUGGGCAUCAACACACCACAGCUACGCUUCAACCGCCUCUUGCGCUUCUCUCGUAUGUUCGAGUUCUUUAAUCGGACGGAGACGAGAACCAACUACCCAAACAUCUUCCGCAUCUGGAACUUGGUUCUCUACAUACUGGUUAUCAUCCACUGGAAUGCCUGCAUCUUCUAUGCCAUCUCGAAGUCUCUAGGUUUUGGGUCAGAUCAGUGGGUUUAUCCCAACAUCUCAUCCACAGAAGAAGGAGCUCUGAGGCGGAGCUACAUAUACUGCUUCUACUGGUCCACGCUGACACUCACCACCAUCGGUGAGAUGCCACCACCCGUACGGGACGAGGAAUAUGUGUUUGUGGUGUUCGAUUUUCUUGUUGGAGUCUUGAUUUUUGCCACCAUUGUGGGCAACGUGGGUUCCAUGAUUUCCAAUAUGAACGCCACACGGGCAGAGUUCCAGGCACGGAUUGAUGCUAUUAAACAUUACAUGCACUUCCGCAAAGUCAGUCGGCAUCUUGAGACACGUGUCAUUAAAUGGUUCGACUACCUGUGGACAAAUCAGAAAGCAGUGGAUGAACAGGAAGUCUUAAAGAAUCUUCCCGACAAGCUACGUGCAGAAAUUGCUAUCAAUGUUCAUUUAUCUACUCUAAAGAAAGUGCGCAUCUUUCAAGAUUGUGAGGCCGGGCUGCUAGUAGAACUGGUUUUAAAGCUGCGCCCCCAAGUAUACAGUCCUGGUGACUACAUCUGCCGAAAAGGAGACAUUGGAAAAGAGAUGUACAUCAUUAAAGAGGGAAAAUUAGCAGUUGUUGCUGAUGACGGAGUGACACAGUUUGCAUUGCUAACGGCUGGGGGUUGCUUUGGCGAGAUUAGCAUUCUUAACAUUCAGGGCAGUAAAAUGGGAAACCGCCGGACGGCUAACAUUCGCAGCAUCGGCUACUCUGACCUCUUCUGCCUUUCAAAGGACGACCUUAUGGAGGCCGUAACCGAAUACCCAGAUGCACAGAAGGUUCUGGAGGAGCGUGGAAGGGAGAUUCUGAGGAAGCAAGGGCUUCUGGAUGAAAGCACCGCACAGGGAGGGUUGCUCGUCAUGGAUACUGAUGAGAAGGUCGAACGUCUGGAGGGCUCACUGGAUAUUCUGCAAGCACGAUUUGCACGGUUGCUUGGGGAGUUCACAGCCACUCAGAGCAGACUGAAGCAAAGAAUCACAGGGCUUGAGAGACAGCUGUGUCACACAGGCCUUGGGCUUGUUUCAGAUCAAGAGAUGGACUCUGAAAGUAAUGGUAACACGCCACGAGCCAACUCGACUACAUAGAUCUGCACAUCCGCAUCAUGAAGAUUGUGUGAAUCUAUGUCACAGGAUUAUAUUUAUAGCUGCACACAAAUUCACAUUUACGGACAUUUGCUUCUUCAAACAUGUUCCAACAGCCUCCAGCUUUUAGACUGAUUUUAGACUUGGUUUUUCCAAGUAUUGUCUUUAAUGAGUUUUUUUUUUUUUUAAAAGGAAGAUACCAUAUUUCAUUUUCCUUAAAUGAAAAUGAGGCUGUGAGGGAAGUCCUUAUAUAUAGCCUACCACCAGUGUUGUUAUUGUUAACUAAAACUAUGAAAAAAUGAUCUUCUAACUAAAAUGAUGCUGAAAUAAAAUCUAAAUUCACCCAUCCAUUCUCCAAACUGUUAGGCCUGUAUUAAAUUACAACCCGAAUUCCGGAAAUGUUGGGAUGUUUUUAAAAUUUGAAUAAAAUGAAAACUAAAAGAAUUUCAAAUCACAUGAGCCAAUAUUUUAUUCACAAUAGAACAUAGAUAACACAACAAAUGUUUAAACUGAGAAAUCUUACAAUUUUAUGCACAA